AUGCCUAUGGUCUGGGACGCGAAUGCUGAUGCGAGGCUCUUCGCAGCAUUCCUGGCCACGUCCGAUGUAAAACCUGAUUACCCAGCACUCGCUUCAAGAAUGGGAGAUGGUUGCACCGCCAAGGCCGUCAUCCAUAGAAUUGGCAAAAUCAAAGCCAUCGGAAAAAUCACUCUGACGGAGCCUAACACCAACAGAGCUGCUUCCACACCCGGCGGCAAGAAGCGCGUCAAGACUGAGGAUGUUAACGGUGCUGUGUAUGUUGAUCACGGCGAAUCUCCCACAAAGAAGGCAAAGGCUCGUCCAGCUCAGCCAAAAGCCAAGGCCAAGGCUCCUCUUGCACCUAUUCAGACUGUCAAGGAAGAAGAAGAACGCAGUGAAGAGGACGAGGCAACUGCCGCUAGUGACUAG